AUGGCGAUUCCGGGGAAGGUGACCGGCUGCAGCGGGCUGAUGAGGCUGUGCCUUUUUCUGGAGCUGCUAUUGGAAGUUGGGGCUGGGAAUAUCCACUACUCGGUGCCAGAAGAAACAGACAAAGGUUUCUUCGUGGGCAACAUCGCCAAGGACCUGGGGCUACGAGCCCAAGAGCUGGCGGAGCGCGGAGUCCGCAUCGUCUCUAGAGGUAGGACGCAGCUUUUCUCUCUGAACCCGCCGAGCGGCAGCUUGGUCACCGCGGGCAGGAUUGACCGGGAGGAGCUCUGCGCUCAGAGCGUGCGGUGUCUGGUGAGUUUUAACAUCCUUAUUGCGGAUAAAAUGAAGCUUUUCCCUGUCGAAGUAGAAAUAAUUGAUAUUAAUGACAACACUCCCCAAUUCCAAUUAGAAGAACUGGAAUUUAAAAUGAAUGAAAUAACCGCCCCAGGUACCAGGAUCCCUCUGCCUUUUGGGCAAGACCUUGAUGUGGGUAUAAACUCUCUCCAGAGUUACCAACUCAGCUCCAACCCUCAUUUUUCUCUGGAUGUGCAACAGGAAGCUGACGGGCCUCAACACCCAGAGAUGGUGCUGCAGAGUCCCCUAGAUAGAGAACAAGAAGCUGUCCACAACCUCGUGCUCAUCGCUUCUGAUGGAGGUGACCCGAUCCGUUCAGGGACUCUCCGCAUUCGCGUUCAGGUGGUGGAUGCGAAUGACAACCCCCCAGCAUUUGCUCAGGAACAGUACCACGUGAGUGUCCUGGAGAACAUACCGCUGAGCACAAGGCUGCUCGUGGUAAAUGCCAACGACCCAGAUGAGGGAACCAAUGGGGAAGUAACAUACUCCUUUCACAAUAUAGACCACAGAAUGGCCCAAAUAUUUCAGCUGGAUUCUUACACAGGAGAAAUAUCAAAUAAAGAACCACUAGAUUUUGAAGAAUAUAAAAUUUAUUCAAUGGAAGUUCAAGCUCAGGAUGGCGCCGGGCUCAUGGCCAGAGCUAAGGUGCUGAUCAAAGUUUUGGACGUAAAUGAUAAUGCCCCAGAAGUGACCAUCACCUCUGUCACCACUGCAGUCCCAGAAAACUUUCCUCCUGGGGCCAUCAUUGUUCUCAUCAGUGUGCAUGACCAAGACUCCGGAAACAAUGGUCACACUACAUGUUCCAUUCCUGGAAGUCUACCCUUUAAAUUAGAAAAGUUAGUUGAUAAUUAUUACCGUUUAGUGACAGAAAGAAUACUGGACAGAGAACUUACCUCUGAGUACAACAUCACAGUAACAGCAACAGAUCAGGGAACUCCAGCUCUAUCUACUGAAAUUCACGUUUCGCUGCUAGUGACAGAUAUCAAUGACAACUCCCCAGCCUUCCAUCAGGACUCCUACGCUGCCUACAUUCUGGAAAAUAACCCCAGAGGAGCCUCCAUCAUCUCUGUGAGGGCCCAUGAUGCUGACAACAAUGAGAAUGCACAAGUCACUUACUCCCUGUCAGAAGACACCAUCCAUGGGGCACCCCUGUCUUCCUACCUCUCCAUCAACUCUGACACUGGGGUCCUCUAUGCACUGUGUUCCUUUGAUUAUGAACAAUUCCAAGACCUGCAGCUGUGGGUGAUAGCGCAGGAUGGUGGGAACCCUCCACUCAGUAGCAACGUAUCAUUGAGCCUGUUCGUGCUGGACCAGAAUGACAAUGUGCCCGAAAUCCUGUACCCCACUCUCCCCACAGAUGGUUCCACCGGCGUGGAGCUGGCACCCCGCUCCGCAGAGCCUGGCUACCUGGUGACCAAGGUGGUGGCAGUAGACAGAGACUCAGGCCAGAACGCCUGGCUGUCCUACCGCCUGCUCAAGGCCAGCGAGCCUGGGCUCUUCACGGUUGGACUGCACACGGGCGAGGUGCGCACGGCGCGGGCUCUACUGGACAGAGAUGCGCUCAAGCAGAGCCUCGUGGUGGCCGUCCAGGACCAUGGGCAGCCCCCUCUCUCAGCCACCGUCACUCUCACCGUGGCCAUGGCCAACAGCAUCCCCGACGUCCUGGCUGACCUGGGCAGCAUCAGGACUCCCACCGACCCUGAGGAUUCAGACUCGACUCUGUACCUGGUUGUGGCAGUGGCUGCUGUCUCCUGUGUGUUUCUGGUUUUUGUCAUCGUGUUGCUGGCACUAAGGCUGUGGCACUGGUACUCAUCACGCCUGCCUCGGGCUGUGAGUGGCGGGUUGGAGGGUGUUCCUGCCUCGCACUUUGUGGGUGUGGAUGGGGUGCGGGCUUUCCUGCAGACCUAUUCCCACGAGGUCUCCCUCACCGCGGACUCGCAGAGAAGCCACCUGAUCUUCCCCCAGCCCAACUAUGCGGACACACUCAUCAGCCAGGAGAGCUGUGAGAAAAAUGAUUUUCUAUCAGCACCUCGAUCUCUACUCGAAGAUAAGGGAGAAGAAACAUUUUCUCAGGUAAACUGUCUUUUACAAUAUACUUAA